UCUAGGCCCUGGCUCUCAAUCCACUAGCUCUCCAGUCACCUAGAUGUCCCCCAGGUCUUCUCUUUUCAAGGCCAAAACUUAGAUCUUCCUUAUAUAAUCUUGCAUUCUAUUCAAUAUGCCUCCUAGUUAUCUUUAAUAUAAAUCACAUAAAAUUUCAACAAGUCCUCUAAGUAUACUAUUAUCUGUUAUAUUAUAUUAUAGUCUGUGCAGAAUGAGAGUAUUAAUUCGUCUACACUGGUGAUAAAUAUUCUCCAUUAAUGCCGUCCUUUGAUGCCUCACUGUGGGGGUGAGGUAGAAACUGUGUUUUUGGUAACUAUGCCAGCAAAGCAAAGUUCUGCAAUGUCCUUUCACAUAGGAAACCCCAGGAUCUUAAUUUCUAUGCCAACAGAAAGUAAAUUCUGCAAGGUCCCAUUCUUCUUUAAAGUACUUCAUAACCUCUCUAAUAGAUUUGCCACUACUGGCCACUUACUCUCCUCCUAGCUAUUCUUGCCCCCCCAUAGAUUUUUUUUAAUCCUUUCAGUUCCAAGGCAGAAAAAUGGUAAGGGAGAAGCAAAGAGCUACUCCAGUAUCUUUGCCAAGAAAAUCCUAAGUGAAGUUAGGAAGAGUGGGACAUGAGUGAAAUAACUGAACACUAUCACUCAUCCCAUAUGAAAAAUAAGUGCCAAAUCUUGUCAAUCCCUAUCUCCAUAUGUUAUAUCCAUCACUUUCCCUUUAAUUCACACAAUCACCACUCAAGUUUAUGAUUUCUUCAUUUCUUUCCUGGACUAUUUCAAUAGCAUCCUAGUUGGUCUACCUGCCUCCAGUGUUUCCCCCUCUCUGAUCUAACCUUCACAUUAACUACCAAUGUGAUAAACCCAAAAUAUAGGUUUGACUAUCUCACCUCUUUACUCAAUAAACUCCAGUAGCUACCUAUCAACUCUAGUAUCCAAGUCAAACUCUUUCUGGAAUUUAAAUCCCUACACAUUUCCUUCCUUCUUAUUUUUUUCACUUUUAUACAUUCCUUCUCUUCAUGCACUUUAUGGUCCAGCCAACCUUUGUUUUUUACUAUUUCUCUCAUACAUGACAUAAUUGCCAUGCCUUGGAAUGCACUCCUUUUCUCAGCUCAGCCUUCUAGAAUCACUGAUUUACCUCAAAGCUAAGGUCAAAUAGCCCUCAGAAGAGGAAACCAUUCUUAGUGCCCUUAGCAACUAGUGCCUCCUCCAAACUAUCUUGCAUUUUUGUUAAUAUUUUGUAAAUAUUUAUGCGCGGACAUGAGGCAGGUAGGUAGUUCAGUGGAUAGAGCACUGUUCCUGAAGUCAAGAAGGCAUGAGUUCAAACCUAGUCUCCAAAACUUAGCUGUGUAGGCCACUGCCGCCGCCCAGAGACCGCUGAACCCCCCGUUCGUCCGUCCGCCGCCGCCACUCACUCCGGGCACAGAAUAUUCAGUCAUGGAUAAAAAUGAGCUGGUGCAGAAGGCCAAAUUGGCUGAGCAGGCUGAGAGAUAUGAUGACAUGGCAUCCUGCAUGAAGUCUGUAACUGAGCAAGGAGCUGAAUUAUCCAAUGAGGAGAGGAAUCUUCUCUCUGUUGCUUACAAAAAUGUCGUAGGGGCCCGAAGGUCAUCUUGGAGGGUCGUUUCAAGUAUUGAGCAAAAGACGGAAGGUGCUGAGAAAAAACAGCAGAUGGCCCGAGAAUACAGAGAGAAAAUUGAGACCGAACUAAGAGAUAUCUGCAAUGAUGUGCUGUCUCUAUUGGAAAAGUUCUUGAUUCCUAAUGCUUCACAAGCAGAAAGCAAAGUUUUCUAUUUGAAAAUGAAAGGAGACUACUACCGUUACUUGGCUGAGGUUGCUGCUGGUGAUGACAAGAAAGGAAUAGUGGAUCAGUCACAACAAGCAUAUCAAGAAGCAUUUGAAAUCAGCAAAAAGGAGAUGCAACCAACGCAUCCUAUAAGAUUGGGUCUGGCCUUGAACUUCUCUGUGUUCUAUUAUGAGAUCCUGAACUCUCCAGAGAAAGCUUGCUCCCUUGCAAAGACAGCUUUUGAUGAAGCCAUUGCUGAACUUGAUACAUUAAGUGAAGAAUCAUACAAAGACAGCACACUAAUAAUGCAAUUACUGAGAGACAACUUGACAUUGUGGACAUCGGACACCCAAGGAGAUGAAGCUGAAGCAGGAGGAGGGGAGAAUUAA